CAACAAGAGGGAAACUCCAAUUAUUUGAAAUACAAUCUAAACGGCAUAAUACAUUUAAAUCAAUGACCGUCUUGAUAUUUUUGAAUAUUUUGUAAUUUAUUGUGUAUUUUGGUAGUCUAAUUUGCACACUGACUCGAAAGAAAUGGAGAACAAGAUGGUCAUAUUUGGGGGAGGAGUCUAUAACAGCGGAAGUCUCGCAUUUUCUCAUCCUUUCUCGGCUCUUCCAUCUACUUGCAAGUACCUGCUAUUUUUAGAGUCCUGUCAAAUAUUUUGUAGGUUUUCACUUGUAUUUCGUAAAGAAGUCUACUAAGAACCCUUUUGGGGUUAUCUAAAAGGGACCAAGGACUCAUACAACAGCGUGGAUACCUGUGCUGUUGACGCUUGUGUGAUUUGAAAUUACCCAGGUUUAUAGCCUCAUUAUCAAAUCAAAAUGGCGAAGGAACUAUAUAAAUUGAAAUCAGGGGAACAGGCAAAAUAUGAUGACAUGGAUUUUGAUGAACUUCUUGCUCAGCUCACAGAAGAAGAUAUUGAAGCUUUGAAUGAUGAUUUUGAUCCAGAUGACAGUCUCCUUCCUCCCGACCAAAGGUGCAAAGAUCAGACCAAGAAGGCGCCCACAGGAAAAUUUGAUCGCAAAGCUCUGCUAGAUUUUAUUGAAAAGAAGUCGAGGGAAGAUCCUGACUGGGAACAAAACAAACCUUUCGUACAUGAAAUCAGAGGUAAAAUAUGGACACCUAAAGAGCCAGAAAAGAAACCUAAGAGUGAAGAUCCUGAUGACAUUGAGACAGAAUUUGAUGAGAUUUUGGAACAUGCCACUGAAGAAGAGCUGGUAGAUCUUGCAGCUGUGCUUGGGUUCCAUGGAAUGUUAAAUCAGGUCCAGUACCACCAGUCUAUGGAUGACAAUAAGAUAACAGAUGGUUUCAGAGGUAUUGCCCGAAGUGCAGAUCUUAAACUAGUCCCCAAUGAGCCUCCAAACAAUACUGAUGUUGAAGAGAGUCUUGAACAAAUAAAAUCCAAUGACUCUAAACUAGAAGAACUCAACUUAAACAACAUUAAGAACAUCUCCAUUGAGAGGCUUUUAGAGUUUGCAGAGGCCCUCAAGUCCAACACAAACCUUGUCAAGUUCCACAUGGCCAACACUAGGGCUAAUGAUAAAGUUGCUAAGGCUCUCUCAGAGGCUUUAGAAAGCAACAAGACCUUACAGGUGCUAAAUGUAGAGUCCAACUUCAUCAGUCCAGCAGCACAAGUGAAUCUGUUAACAGCUGUCAAUGAGAAUCAAACCAUCAUAGAAGUCAGGAUGGCUAACCAGAAACCAUCUGUACUUGGUGUGAAGACUGAAAUGGCUAUUGCUAAGCUAAUGGAGGAGAACCAGAACAUUGAGGCUUUAGGAAUGCAUUUCCAAAUCCCCAGUGCCAGAGUACGAGUCACAGAGAGCAUACAGCGCAACAUUGACAACAAACGAAAGAACAGAAAAGAGAAUGGAAGUGGAGGUGGAGAUGCAUAAGAGAUGUAUCGUGUCUGAUACGGACCUAGUUUUCAUGCAAUAUACAUAUAUGUCUCUUGAUCAGAACCACCAUCUGAACUAUAUUUUUACCAUAUGGAAAUAUGUGCUGAAGAAGAACAUUGCAAAACUAAGUCAUGGAUUCUUAUUGAAUUCUCUGCCACAUAAUGCCCCUGGGCCAUUAACCAAGAACAGUAGACACCAGUAGUUUAAUGGAGGUUCUCAAACAAAAAUUGCAUUUAUUUUUUGCAAGACAUUGUUGUACUUGAUGAUAGGAGUCGUCACAACCAGACAUAUAUGCCAUAUGAGAUCUACAGAUAGUAGUUGUACUCUGUUAAUUGUACACAUCUUCUUUGUGAGCUUUCAGUUAGAAUUGGUGGUGAAGAGUUUUAUACUAUACUAUGAUGAGUAAUAUUCAUCAUUUUUAGUCUUUAAAAAUUCAAAACAUUAUUCUGUUUGUCCUGAUAUAAAUAGAACUAAUUUGCUUGCUUAUCUAUCACUUUAAUGUAUAUGUAUAAAGUACAUGUAAAAAAGAAUAACCCAUUUCUGAAUCUAGGUAAAAAGUGAAAAAAAGAAAUCUGAAGAAGUACAUGUACAAACAUAUAUCAUAUGAGAUGUUUUGGAGCUCAGCUCACUGAGACUUAUCUUUUAGUCGAUACAGAAUUUUAUAUUUUGAGAAACUCCUACAUCUAUAUGAAUUAAAGAUUAUGCAUAAAUGUCUCUUCGUAAAUUGAAGGAAGCACUGACUGCGAAGUUUUAACAUUUUCACUCAAAGCCAAUAUUUAAAUGAUAAUUUAAAUUUAUGUACUAUAUGUGAUGAGUGAGUAUUGUACUAAAUUAACAUAAGGAUGUUUUUAACUUAAAUGUGCACAGUCUAGAACUGAAGUGACCACAUAUUUUAAAUAAAAAUCUCAUACUCACACAUAUACUGAACCAAUGAUUAAUAAAAGGCCAUUUUUACAAAGUGUUUCUGUGUAAAUUAAUGUAUUAAAAGGAUCAUUAAAUGUGCAGAGUAUCAUAUUA